AUGACACGUUUUAUUCUUAGUCAUGAAGCUGAUGAUGCCAUGAAUGUUGCUAGCAUUUCUUUAAAGGAAUGGUGCGUUUACAUGGCUGACUUGAGAAACUGUGAGACAAUGCUAAACAAAAUUAUGAUUCCUCUACCAGAUUUGCUUAACACAGUUCUAGCUUUGGAUGUUUCAGCUAUGGAUAUUGACCAGGUUGAAAAUCUAAUAAAAUUUUGUGAAAGCAAGGAAGAAAUAGAAAAGUUGAAGAAUUGUGCUGGUGGUGACAGGGAAAUGCUUGGAAAGUGUGAGGAGGUUUUCGCGGAACUAAUGAAGGUUCCACGUAUAGAAGCAAAAUUACGAGUGCUUGGUUUCAAGAUUGCCUGUGUUUCUAAGGUGCAGGACUUAAGAAGGUGUCUGAAUACUAUAAUCAAUGCUACUAAAGAGAUGAAUGAAUCUGCAAAGCUGCAUCAGAUUAUGCAAACAAUUUCAACACAUGAAAAUCUAGCUUCUUCUGUGGGUUCUGAAGUGGAUAGUCUUGUUAAAGUAUCUGAUAAUAUGGCUUUGAUGCAUGAAUUGUGCAAGCUUGUUGGUGAAAGCAUGCCGGAAUUGCUGGAUUUUGGCAAUGACCUUGUUCAUUUAGAAGCUGCAUCGAAGAUUGAAUUGAAAUCGGUUGUGGAGAAGAUGGAAGCAUUUGUCCACGUCCUUAAUGAGGUGAAAGAGGAGUAUAUGGCUUCAGAAAAUGAUGGUGCAAUCUCUAUGGGCUUCCGAUAUGCGACCUAUGAUUUUCUUCAUCCACUUGAAUACGAAGCGAUGUGGGUUGAUACCUUAUACGAAGAAGCGACAAGAAUUAUAGAUUCCUACUUAGCUAAGUUUCCAGCUCGCUAUACCAUCGAGGAAGUGACCAAGACGGUGAACAAUUUCAUGAAAACGUUCAUCAAGUGUCGUCGCAAGAAGAUUGAAAGGCAAGCCAAGGGUAAGAAGAAGAUAACGGAGAAAGAAACAAUGAACAUCGAACAAAACAAGCACCUCUGAGGAGCUGUGAAUCUUAGACCCAUUGAGAACUUCUAUGCUGCUUAGAACUAUCUAUGAUCUCUUCACCAAUCAUGUUUAUGUCUUAAAAAGUAUUUGAAGUUUUUUACAACUUAAAGUUACAUUAUCUUAACUUAUUUUGCUAAUAAUAAAUCAUGUUUCUUCUAGCAAGAAUAUAGCUUUACACUUAACAUGUCUGCCUAUCGCUACCAAACUCUACAAAUAAAGAUC